AUGGCUCGUCAAAUUGUUGUCCUUGCUCUUAUCUUCUUUGCCAUUGUUGGCAUGGCUUCUGCAACCGCCCAAGCUCCAGCUGCUAGUUCCGAGUCAGAAGCAGGUAUGGGCCCGGCGCCCGAUAACCACGACAUUGGCCUCGUUGGUGGUUCUAGUGCUGACUACGGCGCUGCACCUAUUGGUGGACCUGUGACACCAGGAACUUUCUCCCCUGGCACCCCUGCUGAAGCACCAAAUGGCAGCGGUGCAACCAUUCUUGAAGCAUCUGCCGUUGCCGGUCUCGUCGUCUCCGCCAUCGCGGGUUCAUUUUUCUUCUAA